CGUGUUUGAAUUGAGCGGUCUGCACGAAGGUAGUUUUGUAAAUAGUGUACAGUAUUUUGAUUUAACGGGAUGAAUACUCACCAAAGAAUUUAGGUGUAAUAUUCGUCAGCCACACAUGGUGACAUUGUGUCUUUUGUACUCAUGUCGAAAGAGUUCUUGAAUACAACAGACAUUUCUGAUACCUUUGCUGGUGUUCCAAGAAAACAGAAAUUUGUAACAAAUCCAACACCUUCGGCCGUUACCAGAUAUGUAUGCAUUUCAAAAGAAGCAGAUGGUUCAUCCCAUUCUCAACCCUUGGCAUUCUGGGAGAGUGUGAGAAAUAAUGAUCCAGUAGUUACUCAGCAUGUGUGCUCUUUUGAAGAAUCGGGAAGUGAUGUUAGUUCAUCAGUCGCAUCCACCAAUGUGGUGCUGAAAAAACAUGUUGCAGUCAUUCCAGCAGAUGCAAUACCAGCAUUUCCUGGUUUUUGUUCUGCUGAGCGUCUUAAUCAGAAACGAUACAGCCAGCAUGAACAUGUUUCUCACAAACAGCAUCCACCAGCACACAUCAAGUCAUGCCGAGAACAGCAGAAAUCCACAAGGAUAACUCCACACACAUGGCGUGAGCAGGUACAGAUCAUAAAGAAGGAAGAUGCUAUUGCUGCGGCAGGAGGAGUGAAUAGCAUUGUAACUGUCUCAGCUGUUAAGUUGAAAGAUGUAAAUGAGCCAGAGGUUUUAAGUGCUGAUGGAAACAAUGCUGGAACUGAAAAAUUAGCCACUAAUAUUAAAGUGAAAAGUGUUGGCUCCAUGCAAAGAGCUUCAACUGAAGUCAAUGAUCUGAAAAAUGCAGAUUCUGAGAAAAAAUGCACUUCAGAUACUCCAAAAAGAAAGUUAUUUCAUAAUCGAAAUAAAACUAGGGAAUAUAUACUCCAACAGAAACAGAAACGAAAAGAAAGAUUUGCCACUGAACAAAGCAAAAAGAACAUGGAGGAUGAAAUGAAGAAAGUUAAGCUUCAAACGCUGAGGGAAAAAUCCCGAAGAAUUGUUAAAACAAAUGUUAAGAAAUCGUUAUCUAAGAAAAGAAGUCCAGAAAAAAUAAAUAAUUUGGGCCCAGAUACUGCUAUUGAUCGUAAUGGGAAAGAAGAUGACUUACAGACACCUGAUGUUGCUAUUACUAUGAAAAGUGUCACUCAGAAAUCAGUUUCAGUAACUAAAUAUAAAGUUACAGAGUCCAUACCCUCAAGAGAUCGUCUGUCAGCUGAACGUGAUAAUGACAUAGAUAUGGCACACAAUUCUUCUCUGCCUGACAGCAAUGGAGGAAAUUCCAACAAGAGUAGCAGUGUGGAUCGAGAAUUGAAAGGAGACCAGCAGAUAAGAAAUGAACUUGAUUUGAAGAUACGUGCAGUAGCAAAAGCACUCAGUGCAGAGCUAGAAUCCAACAUUUUGCAUUCUAGUUAUGACCUAACAGACAAGGUGACCAAUGAUAGGAACCAUCUGUCACUACAGCGUCCAUUGUAUAGACUUCGUGACACUGUAUGCAGUAGGCAGCCAGUUACUCAUAAUAUGGAAAAUAGCAGAGUGGUGAACACAGACAGUGCAAUAAUAAAUAUCAGUGAUUCACCUCCAACCAAACUUAAACGCUAUGAUCAUAGAAAGCAAAUGAAGUCAUUGGAAAAGAAAAUGGAGUUAGCGAAUAACACAAUCAGUAUGCUCAGAGAAAACAAUAUUAUUAAAUCUUUUGAACGGUCUACCAGAGAACAGGCAGGAAGUGUCAAGGGACCUGAGAAAAUCCUAAAGGAAAACUCCAUUGAAUUGGAGAAAAAAUCUAGGCAAAAAACUGUGGACAGUCCACAGCAGUAUUUUUCCAAGAGAAGUGCUUUUCCUUUUUGCCCUGAGCAGCAUUCUGAAACAAUUGAAAAAAGUAGAAAAUUGCUUAAGAAGCGAAGAAUUGCCGAUAAAACAAACCACGUUCAAAAUCACUCAGGUACUUCGACACAAACAGCGUUAAACCAUGUUCCACAAAUAAGCAUGAAAUACUCACCACCAACAUCACCUCAUAUUUCAGAAUCUGGUAUUAUUGGAAAGAGUGAGAAUGUACAACCCCAAGUGCGCAAACAUUUGGAUGAAGUAAUUAAUUUGAAUUGUCUACCUUCAUCAUUCCCCAACAAUUUGCAGACAAUAGAAAGAAAUACUCAUGUUACUCCUGUGGAACAAAAAAAAGACCCAGAACGUAGGCAUGAACGUGUUAAAAAUAGACAAACUGCAGAUGAUGAUUAUAACAAAAGAUCCAGUGAAAGAUUGUGA